CAAAAGCGAACCGUCGUAUAAUGAUCAGUUGCUCUUCAGCGAUACUGUUUACGAUAAUUCUGACGUAACGGUAGGCCUAUUUCGUUUUUGCUUGAGUUCAGCAAACCAUUAACGAACAAAAAUAGAUAUUUAAUUCAUAUGGAAGUUAAGGAUAUGGGGAAUAUUUUACAACUGUCUGAUACUCCAGAAAGGGCUGACAUUGUGGAUACUAUUUCUAGUCACUGUGUGGUGAUUUAUUCAAAAACAUCAUGCUCAUAUUGCAAGCAGGCUAAGAACAUUUUUCAGAAACUGAAGGUACCGGUGAAGGUUAUCGAACUAGAUGAAAGAAAAGACGGAGAAUUAUUGCAGCAUGUUCUUGGUGACAUGACAAAUUCCACAACAGUUCCACGUGUAUUUGUCAAUGGCGAGUGUAUAGGUGGUGCUCGUGAAACACAAGCUCUGCACAGGAAAGGCAAACUAGCUGAGAUGACAGCAGCUUGUCAAUGAAGUAUGGACAUGAUGUACACAUUAAAUUAUAUGUUAGGUAUAGUGUAUUAAAUUCACCAGCAGAGGCUAGGAAGGGAUACUGGAUAAUGUCAAAACACAAUCCAGUGUGGUGAUACUAUCGAACUGUGGACUUGUUCCAUUUUUAAAUAAAUUGAGCAUGUGAAAGCUUUUAA